CAGGAGCUCAGGACACAAGCAACUCUUGCUGUUUUAUCUUUGUUCCCUCUUAGAACCGAAUAAAGAUAAAACGGUCUGACAAAGAAAAAGCCUAGCUCAAGCUCUCUGGCUUUCAAGGAACGAAGUUCACUCUCACAAGGUUUAAUAUGAGUAGAGGAGAGUUUGAUGGCAGAAGAAGAAGAAUUGGGUCAUUUAGAAAAGCCAACAAUCUAUAUGAAGAUAGGAUUCUUGAAGCUAGUCCUUCACUGAAGAAACCAGAGAGAGAUUUCUCAGAGAAGUCUUCUUCAAUAGCAAGAGAACUCCAUAUGGCGCGCCGGGACAUAGGUCGGUUCAAAGAAAACAGAACAGACACAGAUUUGGUAAAAGCACAGGCAGAAUCUGAGCUAUAUGACGUAUACAAGAGAGCCAAAGAUCUCUCUUCUGUGAUUGAGGAAUCAAAUUCCAAUGCAAAGUCACAUACACGAGAGAUUGAAGUACUAAAGAAAUCGAGAAGGCGUGGAAAUAAGCGUGAAGAUCGGGUGUUGGCUCUGGGGGAGGUGGAGAAUCAACAAUAUGCAGACGUGAUGAGAGAAUUGGAACUUGUGAGGCAGGAACUCAGCAUGCUUAAGCUUGAUGUGGCUUCUGUUUUAGAAGAGAAAUCGCGGGCAGAGAAGCAAACUGAGGCCGCAAAUACAAAGAUGUUGUUUUAUACAAGCUCAGUGGAAGCAAUCAAGAAGGAGAUUGAGGAUGCCAAUGAAGAGCAAGUGCUAACUGAGUUGGCCCGGAUUGAAGCUGAGAGAGAAUUUGCAGAUAUUGAAGCUGAGAGAGAAAAGGAAGCCAAUCAAUUCUCAUUUGCAGUGGUGGAAACCAGGAAAAAAAUGAAAGAUGUUAUUGAAGAGAUUGAUUCCUCCAAAGAGCUUGAAACUAAAUUAUCUGUCACAAUGUCUGAUGUGGUUGUGUUACAAAAUGAACUGAAGCUAGUUAAAGAAAUGGACAAAAGGAUUCAAAGGAUUGAUAGCUUGAGUCGCUCAGAACCUAGUUUUCGUAGAGGAGAGGACUUGGAAGGUUCACCAUUGUUACAUUCAGUCACAGAAGAACUAGAGGUGGCAAAGAAAGAAUUGGCCGCAGUUAAAGUAGAAGGUUUUCAGUUCAUGGCCUCCAUGGAUAUCAUAAGAAAUGAGCUUAAGCAUUUAACAGACAAGACUGCUCGAUUAAGGAAAACAGAACAGAAAUCGGAUUUAACGGUUAAAAGUCUCAAUUCAAAGCUUCUCAGAGCAAAAGCCAAGCUGGAAGCUGUAUCUGCAUCUGAAGAAAAAGCAAAAUCAAUGGCAUCCAAUCUUUCUCUCACUCUUGAAAAGCUUAAGACAGAAGCAGAGGCUGCAAGGAAAGAAAAGGAGCUUGCUUGUGAAGAGGCUGCAACCAUCAAGUCAGAAAUUCUGAAAAUGGAAUCUGAGAUAGACUUGACUGAGGAAAAAUUACAGGCUGCAAUGGAAGAGCUUGAAACGGUCAAAUCAUCAGAAGCUGUAGCUCUUGAAAAUCUCAAAGAUCUUAUUGAGGAUACCGUAAGAGCUAGAGCUUUUGAAUCACAGAGUAGUUCUUCAAUUACCAUAUCCAAGUUCGAAUACGACUAUCUGACUGGACGUGCAGCUGGGGCUGAAGAAAUUGCCGAUAAAAAGGUGGCAGCAGCUCAGGCAUGGAUUGAAGCUCUAAAGGCCAGUGAGAAGGAAAUAUUGAUAAAGAUAGACCUAUCCCUUAGAGAUCUCAAAGAGAUGAGAGUGCAGGAAGAGCAAGUGACCUAUAGAGCAGAAAGACAGCUUUCUAGAAAGAUGAGGGUUGAGGGAGAAUUACAGAACUUGGGACAAAAGCGGGAGAGAAAUGCAGUACACGGAAACCGACAACAAGCACAGCCUAGAAAAUCUAUGAAAAGCAAUGGAAACUUGACUCCAUCCAGGCGAGCUAAGCAUAGAAAAUCUGCUUCUCCUGGAGCUCAGAAUACUUUCCCAAUCCAGAAGAAAAAAAAGGUAAUGCCUAAUCUGGCCAAGAUUUUUAGUGGUAAGAAAAUUGCCAAAGAAGUGUGAGCUAUUUGAAGUUUACUACAUACUCAUUGGCCAAGUGAAUCUAGUCUAUCAAAUGAAUAAAUUACACUCACAUAGUUUGAGCUUUGGGAGCUUGUAGCUUUGCUUUUUUCAAAUAAGUACUGCUCCAUUAGCUUUUGACUUACCGCAAGCAUGUGAGAUAGAUAUCCGAGUGUAUAGCUGUGGGCUUAGAGUGUGGCACAUUCAUGUAUGUAAUUGUAUGUUGAAUGCUUGUGUCAAUAAAUAGAAGAGGUCAUUGUUGUGGUCA